UCUGACAGUCUGACCGCAAAAAUUGGGAGGGAUAAUUUUGAUUUUUGCCGAAUGUUGGUUGCGUUUCUCAUUUCCAACCGAACUACUCGAGACAUUUACCGAACAAUGAGCAAAAAGCGGCCAGCUGGUGGAGAGAAUGAUAAGCUACCGAAGCGUGCGGCUUCGGGAUGGAUGAUGUCGCUGAUAUCCGCCAUCCAAGAUCCGCGGCUGCACAUCUACUCGGACAGCCAAGUGGUCGUCAUCCGUGACAAAUUUCCGAAAUCCCGGCACCACUACCUGAUGCUACCGCGAUGUGCCAUCGACACACUGACAGACCUCACAUCCGCUCACAUUCCUUUAGUAGAGCACAUGAUUGAGCAAGGAAAGCAGUUUACUGCGGGACACAUUACGCCGCGCACACGGAAUUCCGUUCGAUGUGGCUUCCACAUGAUACCCAGCGUCAAGCAGCUGCACAUGCACAUUAUCAGUCAGGAUUUUGACAGUGAAUGCCUGAAACACAAAAAGCACUGGAACAGUUUCGCCAGUGAAUUUUUUAUGGAGGCGGACACCGUUCUGGGCAUGCUGAAAGGCGAAGAAAAGAUUUUGGUGGAUAAGAACAGAGGCGAACAGCUGUUGAAACUGGAUCUGAAGUGCCAUGUUUGCCACGUGAAGUUACCCACUAUUCCGAAACUGAAGGACCAUAUCCGAACGCAUGACAAGGACCGAGGAGCGGACGGAAAACUUCAGGAAAAAAAGAUUGAAAUCCUGACUUUGGAUACAGAACGUGUUGCUUAACGGUACUUACUGCAUAUUUAAAUGAUAUUUUCUUGUGUGUUGGGCUGUUGGUUUUACGAACAUUAUAAGAACGUCUACACAUCGGCGUCUUUCGUUAUAUGACGAGUGAGAAUCUGUGAGGUGUGUGAUAACAAACCGUUCCACGGUUACUGAAUUGCUGAGUUACCAAAGUUCGCUGUAUCAUAGAAUGGUUCGUCCAUUGUGCACAGCCAGAAAUACGAAAUUAAAACGAA